AAAUAUAUUUAAUUAUUUAUUUUUAGGAAUAAAAGUAUUUAGUUGCUAUGUCAUCACGGAUUACACAAUGGAGAAAAAUUAAUAAAUCAGUAAUUGAUUUAUUUACUGAGACAGAUAGUACAAUAGAAACAGAUAAACAACAAAUAAAUGUUUCAGAUUAUAGAGUUCUUUCUGAAGAAUCGAUUGAGCAAGAAGUUGAAGGUGUUGAAGAAACAGAUUUCGACUCAGAUUCCAAUCUUGACUCCGCCGGAGUCUCUGAUAGUUCUGAUUCUAAUUCUUGUUUCUUGAAUCAUGGAAACUUUAUAGAUGACAAAAUAAUAAAUGGAAAUCUACGUGAAGAAUUAGCAGAAUGGGUUGUUGUAAACCAAACUUCACAUUCUGCAACAAAUCAACUUCUUUUUAUUUUGAGGAAAAAUGGCCACACAGAGCUUCCAAAAGAUGUAAGAACAUUAUUGAAAACUCCAAGUAACAUUCCUCUGAAGAAUAAGUGUGGUGGCGAUUACAUUUAUUAUGGUUUGGAAACUAAUAUUUUAAAACAUUUAAGCAAAUUUCCAAAUCUUGCGAAAAUUGAAUUAGUUGUUAAUGUUGAUGGAAUACCAUUAUUUAAAAGCACGUCAGUAGCUUUAUGGCCCAUACUUUGCUCAUUUUCAAGUAUCCAACCAUUUGCUGUAGCUAUUUUCUGUGGUAAGAGCAAACCUUCAUCUGAAGAAAGCUUUAUGUUUGAUUUUGUAACUGAGUUAACAAAUUUAUUACAAAAUGGAAUCAAAACUCAAUAUAAACAUUACUUAGUUUCCCUUAAAUCAUUUUGUUGUGAUGCUCCAGCUCGACAAUUUUUGAAGUCUAUAAUUAGCCAUAAUGGAUACGAUUCGUGUGAGCGAUGUAUUAUUCACGGUGCACGUAUUAAUCACAGACAAAUUUUUUUGGGGUCAGGAUAUACUCUGAGAAAUGAUACAGAAUUUAACCUACACGGUUACAAAGAACACCAAAAAACUUUAUGUACUCUAGCUAAAUAUAAUAUACCAUGUGUUACAUCAUUUGUUUUAGAUAUCAUGCAUUUGGUUUAUUUAGGAGUAACUAAAAGAAUAAUAAUUUUUUUCAACGAAGGUAAAAGAUCAUGCAGGAUAUCAGAGAUUCAAAAAGCAGUUAUUUCUGAAAAACUUAGAGAAUUAUCAGGAAAAUUGCCCAGCGAGUUUGCAAGACAACCAAGAGGUAUUGAUGAGUUUAAACGCUGGAAAGCUACAGAGUUCAAAAAUUUUCUUUUAUAUACCGGUAUGAUUGUUUUAAAAAAUGUAGUUUCUCAAGAAAUAUAUACACAUUUCUUAAGCUUAUCAGUUGCUAUGAGUAUAAUGAUUGAUAAUGAUCUUUUGAAUGAUCAUAAGUUGUUAAUGUAUGCAAAAGGGCUCUUGGAAUGGUUUGUAUAUCGGUCAUCAUUUCUUUAUGGACAAGAGUUCGUUACUUAUAAUGUUCAUAGUUUGACACAUCUGUAUGAAGAUGUGGUCAACCACAGCUGCAGUUUACAAGAUAUAUCUGCUUUUCCUUUUGAAAACUAUCUAGGCAUUCUAAAAUCUUAUGUGCGCAAGGCACAAAGUCCCUUGUCACAAUUGACAAAAAGAAUAGAGGAGAUAGAGAAAUGUUGUGUAACAAGAAGCAAACAACAAUCAAAAACUAAGAUUUCAAUUGGAAAUAAAAAUAGAUGGUUUUUCAUUCGUGGAGAAAAAGUAGUGCGUGUAAAUAAUGUCAUUGGUAAUGAUAUAGAAUGCUAUGUCUAUCAAAUAUCUGAUUUGGAUGGGUUUUUUGAUGAUCCGUGUUGUUCUAAGUUGUUGCAUAUAUAUUUCCUUCAUAAAAAUGUACAAUUCAAGAAACAAUUUAUAAAAAAAGAUCUAAUUAUUAAAAAAGUAUGUGGUAUUCCAUACAAUGAUGGGUAUGUGUUGGUGCCGUUACACCACAAUAUAAACAGGUUUACUAUAAUUGUCAAUUUCACAAACAAAAUGUCUUGGACCAGAGCAGUAUGGUUUGAAUAUGCAAAAGAUGGCUCAUUAGAGGAAUAUGAACAGACUCUUCCAUCAAACUGGGUAAAGUGUAACAAAGUAUUUUGGCCUAAUAAAAAUGUUGAGUCAUCAAUGAAAAAAAUGUCCAAUCCAACUGAUGAUUGGUAUCAAUUCAAACUGAAAUACAUCAAGCUAACUGAUGAUGACAAAGAAGUAUGUGAAGAGUAUGGAGAUAAUGUGACAGCUGGAGAACUGGAUAACAAUGAAAUGAUGGUUAAGAGUUGUCCCAGCUUAUCUGAAAAAAGACAUGCAAUUAUUAAGUAUAUUCCAAAGCCAGUUCCACCGAAAAUGCCAAUAAGAACUGUUACGCCGGAUACAGAUGUUCCACAAAAAGCAAAAAGGAACAAUUCAAGUCAAAAAAUUUCAUCUGGUUAUACUCAAACCUCUUCUAUACAUGGUGGUUAUUCUGGACUUACUGCUUUAUCAACAGCUCACAUACCAAAGCCAUUUCUUUCAACUAUUACCUCUUCUACAUGUGAUGAUUUUUCUAUACGCAAACCAACAUUAAACAGUCAGACUACUACUAGUAUGUUAGAAAGCUCAUUCACAAAUAUUUCCACCAAUUCACCUGCUGUUAUUUCUCAAUCUUAUGUUAAUUACAAUAGAAGAGAUUCUGCUUGUGCUCGGGACGAGUUAAUUAGCUCAAAAAAUCUCGAAGAUAAUGGAUUUCAACAUAUAGUAUUACGGAGGUUGGUUCAAAUAACCUUGCAAAUGAGUGAAAUAUCCAAAAAGUUAGAUGCAGUUAGUGGCACCAGAAUGAAAGAUGUUGAAGGAGAGAUAAUAAUACAAUUUGAUGAUAUAGACGCUUUAUAUGAGUUCGAUCGAAAACUUGGAGCUGACAAAAGGGUUUUUAAAAAGUUUGUUAAUCAGCUAUCUUCCAUUGGCGGUAACAAUGGUAAAAAAAGUGUUGCAAACAUGAUAAACAGGUUGAUGACAAACAGACUUCAAUCGAAGUUCAAUUUGGUUGGUUCCAAGGGAAAGGUUACUGUGAAGUUACCUAUGGAAAAGUUAAAUGUUUACAAAGCAAUAAUUGAAUCGAUUAGGCGCUGUGAGCCUAAAGCAACAGACAAAGAAACUAGGUCAUUUAUUGCCUCCUGCCUAAAAUAUGCACCUUAUCGUUUGAAUGGAGGUAAACGGAAAUCUUGCAACCACGAAAUAGAAAACGAUGAAGUUCACAAAAGCGAUGAAGAAAUAAAUCAAGGUGACGACGAAUGCGAAGUAGAAUGUGACGUUGCAUCAAACAAAAGCGGAAGUAGUAGCGAAAAAUAAAAAUAAACUCUUAAACUUUUAAUAAAAUCUUACUUUCCCCCACUUAUUAAACUUUGUAACAAAUACUUUUUUGUAAAUUUUUUAAAUGUUAUCUUUCGAAAACGUUUAUAAAA